AGGGUCUUCCCCUUCCGAGUGGCGUCCGCGCUUGCUUCCUUCGUCAGGCACCUCCCGCCUCACGCCUUGCUUCCUCCCGUCUCCCAGAGUCUACACACCUGCACUCUUGAGGCUGCUGGCGAGAGGAACUGCCGUCCCAAGCCCUCCACCAUGGCUCCGAAAGUUUGCGUCCGUCGCAUUAAGCUUAUCUAUCUCAUGGAGAACGCAGGCAAGGACGUCUUGACCUUCGUGUUGAAGCGCGGCGCGCUGAACGCCCCCGCCACGCCGCCGGGCCAGUCCCUCACUGACUACCUUGACAACCUCCCUGAAGACUCGACAGCCAACUAUGGCAAGAUGAAUAACAAACAAAAGAGAUCAGCACUGAAGAACACCGACCGCCGCCAAGCACAACGCUUCCCUUUAUGGGACAACUUUGAUUUGACUUUAUUGUACAAAGCAAUAAAGCUGACGUGCGAAGGCCUGGCGAGAGAUGGCGAUCCCGAAUGGGGGAACCAGAACACCCUGGAGGGAUUGGUAACGAAAAUCAAGGAUGAGAGGAAUGAACUCUUUCAUGAAGUGAAAUCUUUCAGCGAGGCAGAGUACCAGCACAAAGUCAACGAGUUACAACACCUCUUUAUCCGAGUCCUCGCCGCAGCCAAGACCAAAUACUGCAUUCCUGACGCAGAGGUGACACCCGUGCAGGACAACGCCCGGCAGGUCACUGAUACAUUCAGAAAAACAGGAAUGGAGAAAGAUAUUUUAAAAGAUCAUUUCAGUAUCAUGCACCAAGAAUUUCUGAGAGACACUCAGACCCACCUCAAAUCAUCCUAUGAUCGAAUGCAAACCUUUGAUCCUCUGUCCUUCCUUACCGACUCCCCAAAACACCACCAUCACAUCCAGGACAUUUUCUGCAAGAUGUCCCUCGUGGAAGGAAGAGGACACCUCCAACAGAGGCGAGACAUCGACACUUGCGACGUGCUGACGGUGACGCGCCGCGCGGGACAGAAUCCACAGCCGUCCACAUCCUCAUCGGCCACGCCGCCCACGCACGGCGCCAAGCCACAGCUCAUCCUGAUCAGGGGCGUGGCAGGAAGCGGCAAAACGACCCUGCUCACCUUCCUUGUCUCAGAGUGGCUUCAGGAGCCCGGCGCCUGCACCAUCAAACACCUGGACGAGUACGACAUCGUGGUGCGUGUCUUGUGCCGCGAUAAUGAAGGCCCAUCUCUCCAGAACUUCCUCAAAGUGAUCUUCCCAAAGCAUUUUGCUGUGAUGGACGAACAGCUCAUCCCCCUCCUACAACAAAGCAAGGUUCUCUUCCUGAUUGACGGCCUGGACGAACUGUCGCCAGGCACUCCAUCACACAGACUUGUGAAGGACAUCCUCAGCAUAUCGAAAUACUCGCCAGGCUUCACACUCGUCUGCACAUCACGGCCAGAAACAGUGCAAGACUUCCUGGCCAACGUACCUAAUGGUCAUGAGGUGUGGGACAUGGAGAUGAAAAGUGUUAGCCAUGAACAAAGAAUUCAUUUUGUCAUGAAGCAUUACAACAGCUUCCCAGACAAGGGGGACAAAGACCCUGAGAGGCUUGAGUACCUCAUGAAACACAUUGGCUGGAAGGAUUACCUCGGCCUGCCAUUAAAUCUAUUGUUCGUGGCAACACUUUUCUACAUCGAUCAAGACAAGAUCAAGAUCACCACCACCCAGACCAGCCUGUACGUCACCAUUCGAGACUGGUGCAUAGAAAAACUGCAGGCCAGACUCACAGAUGAUCCACGAGACACAAAGACCCGCGAGGUCCUCAUCUCUAGGGUUCUACAAGAUAUAUACGACACGUCAUUGCAAGGUCUUCUACAAGACCGACUCACUCUGUCAAAACAGGAAGAGCAGAAGCUGAUUUGUUUCUGUCAUGAGAAAGGAUUACCCAGCAAGGAAGUCAUCCCAGCGUUUUUCAAUCUUCAAGACACCAGUGACAGGCUGGGGCAUCAUCAGAAGUACGCAGCCCCACACAAGAGCCUACAGGAAUUCUACGGUGCAUCAGCAAUCGUCCACAAGCUGGUGGAGGACUCACAAUCAGCAAACAUACGUCGCAUGCUUCACGACCCGCCGCCAAGACAGCUCCGGAACUUGAGGAACCUGCUGCUGCACGUGGCAGGUCUCCUCUGCCACCCUAACACACCACUUUGUGCUGCAGCCAUACAAGAGGUGGUGGACCUGCUGGCGGAGACUGGUGUGGAAGACUGUGGUGAUUGGCUGUCCAUGCUGGAGGACACUGAAGUGAACAGGACUGCCUUGGAUUGUGUUGUCAGACACAUUACAAGUGAUGAGAGUGAGGAGGUAACAAUAACAGACAGCACCAUCACCAGUGCCAGGGCCCUCCUCCCCCUCAUCCCCUCCAAGGAGGUACUGAUAGAGCUAAGCAGGAAGGAAUCAGACGUGCAGGGGCUCAUCUUUGAACACCACAAAUACACUCAGCUGCACCUGCACCACCAAUACAAGCAUCCAGACCAAGCCACUCUCUGUGACUCCUUGCUGCGUGCCAUGCCCAGGAGUCACCUUCAGUUGUUCACGGGUCACCUAAGUGGUGCCGGCACACAGCUGCUGCAGGAGUACCGGGGCCUGGAGUGGCUCCGCCUGGCCGUGUGUGACCAAGACGCCCAAGAGGUUCUGGCCGCCAUCAGCGCCGUCCACGCGUCGCUGCCUCAGCUACGCCUCCUCUGUGAGUCUGUGACGCUGUGA